AACAACCUUGAAGGCUAUGGUCAAGCCUUCGUACUUUCAGAAGACCAGAAGCUUGAUUGCCGCGACAUGCUCUUCCUUCUUCCCUUGCCUGUGCCCUUGCGAAAUAUGAGAUUCUGGCCGACCAAUACCCCUUCAUUCAGAGCAAGUUUUGAUAGGUACUCAAUGGAGUUACAUAAGGUUAUGAUUCAUCUCAUGAAGUUGAUUGCCAACAACUUGGGUACUAUUCCCGAGAUGCUUGCGAGAGUUUUUGAGGAUGGAACACAAGGAAUAAGGAUGAAUUGUUAUUCAUCCUGUGUGAAAAACUCAACACUCUUGGCAAUCUCUCCACACUCAGACUCUACAGGCUUAACGCUCUUGCGCCAAGUGAAUGAAGUUGAAGGAUUACAAAUCAAGAGAAAUGAGAAAUGGGUGCCUAUUAAAUCCAUCCCUACAGCAUUUAUCAUCAAUAUUGGAGACAUGGUGGAGAUGUACAUGCAUAUUAUGAGCAAUGGAGAAUAUAAAAGCAUAGAACAUAGAGCAGUGGUUAAUCCGGAGAGAGAGCGGCUGUCAAUUGCAGCACUUCACUAUGAAAACAAGAAUGCUAAGAUUGGCCCUUUGCCAGAUCUUGUUAAGACCGACAAAGCACUAUAUAAGACUAUACCAGUUGAGGACUUCCUGAACUUGAAGCUGAGCGGCAAGCUUGAUGGGAAACAUCUGUUGAAUCAAAUGAAGAUCUAG